GCUGCAUCAGCUGCAGCGGCAGCUGCCCGUGUUCGGAAUAUAGCGCUAAUGGCGCAUAUUGAUGCUGGCAAAACAACGACGGGAGAGGCCUUGUUGCUGCUGGGAAGUCAGCUGAUUACCAAGGGCGAAGUCGACGAAGGCACCACUGCACUAGACUUUCUCAGACAGGAAAGGGAGAGAGGCAUCACAAUUCAAGCGGCUGCUUCGCGUCUUCACUGGCGCGAAUUUGUCGUCUCCCUCAUUGACACCCCAGGACACGUGGAUUUUUCUAUGGAGGUUGAGUUGUCUUUAGUUGCUGCCGACGGAGUUGUGGUGCUCCUAGACGGCACGCGAGGCGUGGAGGCGCAAACUGCAGCCAUCUGGAGGAUGCUGCAGCAACGCCACCAUCCACAGCAGCAGCAACAACAAGAACAGCAGCAGAAGCAGCAGCCUGUGUUGGAGCGUAUCCCGCGGCUGAUCUUCGCAAACAAGAUGGAUCGUGAAGGGGCAGAUAUGGAUGCGUGUCUGCAAUCGGUAAAGCGCCGGCUGGGAGUGUGGCCCCUGCAGCUGAACGUAGCAGUUCGUCCUGCUGCUAGUACAAAUGAGGCAGCAGGCGCAACAGCUGCAGCAAAGCCUCUGCUGCACCUUAUAGACCUUACAGACCUAUGCUGCCGCAGUUAUUAUUUGCAUCCCCUUGGCAAAAGGAGGUUGCCGCUCGUUGUGAAGACGUCGCCACCUCCUGAGCUGCAGCACCUCGUGGAUUUCCCUGCAGCAACAGCUCAAGUGACGGCAGAUGCAGUUGCAAGCCUUGCCUUUACGGCAGAUAGAAACCAAAGUGCAGCGCCUACUAAGACCUUCUCUUGGUGGCAGCAACCCGCGCUGCUACGCCAAGUGCUGCAAAGGCGGCAAGCACUCCUGGAGGACGUCAGUCUCCUUGAUGAGACCUUUGAGGCUCUGUACAGCAGUUCUAGCAGCAACGGUAGCAACGACAGCUGCGCAACAACUGAGUUGUGGACAGCACUUCGGCGGAUUGUUGCUUCCAAUUCAGCCGUUCCAGUGCUCUUUGGAUCGGCGAGAGACACAUGUGGUAUUGAGCUGCUGCUGGAUGCAGCAGCUGCUCUGCUGCCAUCGCCUCUCGAGCAGCCGGCACCGCUGCGUUGCCUGGAGAGCUCCCCAUCGUGUGUUGCUGCUUUCAAUCGCGCCAAGCAGCAGCAGCAACAACAGCAGCACCAACAACAACGCAAGCGGCAGCAACAGCAGCAUAAACGAAGCCAGCGAGGGGCUGCCUUGCCUCAGCAGCUGUCGCUGCAGCAGCAGCAACAACAGCAACAGCGCCUGCUGCAACAGCAGUCUCAUGAAGGCUGUCUCUUUGCCCCAAGUAGUGCAUCUAUUGCUGCCGCUGCAACCGCCUCUAGCAUCACAGCGGCAGCCAUUGGCGCUGCAGCUGCAGCCUCAGCUCCUGUUGAAUGCAGCGCAGAAACUCGACGGCCCUUAGUGGCAGCAGCUGUUGCUGCUGAUGUGCUACUGCCGCAUGCACUUGCAGCGGCUGCGGCCUUUAAGGUUCUUCCGGACGGUCGUGGCGGGCGUCUUGCGUAUUGCAGAAUCUUUGCAGGUCGGCUUGAAGCUCCUUGCGUUCUUUUCAAUUCGUCUCAGCGGCAGGUAGAGGUAGUUCAGCAGCUGCUUUUGCCAGCUGCUUCUGCGUUCACACCAACAGCGACAGCCGCUGCAGGAGACGUGGCCGUGCUGCAGGGGCUGCAGCAUACGCAGGCAGGAGAUACGCUGCAUGCAGUUCCUGCUGGUGCUGCUGCAGUGCAGCAGCACCAGCCGCAGCCGGCAAGUGAACCUUUCGUCUUUCAGCUGCACUCGGGGCAUGCGCGUGAUCAUAUGGAAGGACCUGCAGCUUCUGCUGCUGCCCAUGCUGGGAACAGGAGCAGCGACGCCGAAGUGCUUGCUACUGAAGCCUCUUUGCUUUCAGUUUUGCAGCGGCAACAGCACCGGCAGCAACAGCAGGUGCCAGUUUGCUUUUGUUCACUGGAUUGCAGCAGCAGCAGUGAGGAGCAGCAGCUGCAGCAGGCACUAGAGUUGGUGCAGUUGCAGGAUCCGUCUCUUCGUUUCACAAGGGGUGAAGGCGAGGCCUUCGUUUUGUGGGGGCGUGGCCAGUUGCAGCUCGAGCUCGUCCGAGACAGACUCCAUACUGAGUUCGGUGUGUUGUCACGUGUUCUUGGUUUUCCAGGCCUCAAGACGCAUUUAGCGCCAGUUGAAAUCGCAUACAAGGAGCGCCUGUUGCAGCCUCUAAGUGGCACUCUUACUUGGCCCCCCCGAAGCGGUAGUAGCAGCAGCAACAGCAGCAGCACAAACAGGAGGGGGGUUGGGCGUAGCAGCAGCAGCAGCAGUGUAACCAUUAGCGUAGAGCUGCGGCCGCUGCCUUUAGUUGCCCCAGAACUUCGUCUGGGAUCGAUGCUAAAGGGCGAGGCAGACCCUUCCCCUGCUGCUGUUGCGGCUGCAGUUGCUGCAGCAGCGGCACCUGCUGCCACGGCUGCAGCAGAAAGGGGUUUCCCUGAGUGCACGUUGCGCACACUUUGCUCUGGGGGGCCUCUAACGGCUCCAGGGGAGUCGGCAGAUCGCCCUCUGGGAGGCCUCUCUAGCCAGUCCUCGACUUUUAUGGUUAUAGAGCCGAAGGCGCAGGAGCAGCUGCAGCAGCUGGACAGCAGCUGCAGCACUGGUGCCGCCGUCAUGCAGGCGAUAGAGACGGCGGCAGCAGCGGCCCUUGCAACUGGUCCUCUUCGCGCUUCGCCUCUCGACUGGGUGUCUGUACACCUCAUGUCUCUAGAGGUCGAGGGCGACACCGCAGUUUCUGUCAACGCAGCCGCUGCUACUGCGCAGCUGCUGCGUUCCUUGCUGCGCCACGGACGCGCUAUGAGUCACUCUGCCUCAGGAGAAGCAGCAAACCCCGCUGCAGCAGCAGAAGACUUCGUGUCUCUGGCGGAGCCCAUCAUGCACGUGGAGGUGCUGUUGCCUGCUGCAUGUGUUGGCGCCGCUGCAACAGAUCUCACGCAGCACAGAGAGGCACACGUCAUCUCCAUUACUGCGGCCCAUAGCGCAGCUGACGCUGGAGCCUCCGAUGAGGAGUCUGCUGAGUUUACACAAGACGCAGAACGCAUCAUGCAGCUAGACGCAAUAUUGCCGCUACGCUGCGCAGAGGGCUACGUGUCGAGUCUCUUAGGCGUCACUCGCGGAAGCGCGAACUGCCACUUGCGGCCAUUAGGCUACGGUGAAGUCUCAGCGGCGACGCAACAGACACUCUUGAACAGUUGA